AUGAGUCGGAGAAUAAAGUCAACAUACAGACCUAAAGAAAGCGUUUAUGAUCAAGGCUAUCCCAGGGCAGUUGGGCCUGUGGUUUUCCAGCAGCCCGGUGAUAAGCAACCUGAACAAGAGAAGCCACUAACUAAAAGUCAGGACAUUACACCUGGUCAAGAGAAAAAGGAUGAAGGAGCAUCUUCAGUUCAAGGGUCUGCCCUGGAAGCUAAUCAACAGGAACUGGCUCAGCCAAAGACUGGGUGUGGGUGUGGAGAUGGUUCUGAUGUCAAGGGGAAGAGACUGCCAAAUCCAGAGCCCAUUAAAGAGCCAGAAGCAGGUGAAGGGCAACCACAGGUUUCAAUGAAGAUAAACUCGCCCCGCUUUUGUGGUGUGAAGCGUCUUGGCCUCAUCUGCCAAGGGAUGAGAGUCCACGUGGAGAAGAGCUCAUUUGUCCAAGUUAAAGCCAUUCUAGACCAGUCGACGGCCAGCUGCUUCCAGAACACGUGCAAGUCCAGCCCGGAUCAGCAGCGCCACCUCCGCUGA